GUGAUGGUGGGGGUUGGCGAGACGGCAAUAGCGCCUGAGCUAGGUGCCACAUGUGGAUAGCCCGCGCGGGUGCUGGUGGUCAUCUGCCAGGAGGAGCCGCACGGGGGAUUGCGACGCGCUUGUCGUCUACGGAGUCAUCCGGUGAUAUCAAGAUGGACGCGAUUUCUUGAUCUGAGGGUAAUUGUAGCUCUGUUUCUACAUGUAGGGUGUGAGUGAGGUGUGCGUGUUUGUAGAGUGAAUACAUCUGUAAGGCAUAAAAAAACCUACUGUUUUCAAUUAAAAAAAAAGAGUCUGGUACAAAUUGCUAGUGGGAGUAUCGUACUGUAAUCCUAAGCGACAUAUUUUGAACGUGAGAAAGUAAUACCCUGAUGCAUUCUUCUAUGUUAUCAGUAUCCCAACUGUCCUAACGCGACCUACCUAUACAUAACUCUUGAGGCUAUGAAUUCCUUUCAUCUUAAGGGCGUGAUAGGGGUGAACUCAUCAUGCUUGUCAUGGGCCUUCCCUAACUCCAAACUGAUACGAGUCCAAGGCAUCCAUGCGCAUGCCAGUCUGGUUAUUUGUUUGGAAACAGGGUACUUGGACCCCUGCAAUUUAUCUAAACUUUGGAUUAAUCUUAUUGUCAAAUUUCCAAGACUAACUGGUUAUCCCUAUAAUAUUCGUUGUUGUUAUCCACCAUCUCCGUUAGAUCAUUGUUUUAGACUAUUGUAAUUCUAGACAAUUCAUACAAAAAAGUUGUAAAAAAUCAACUAGUGCAUUGAGGCCUUGAGGGAAGUUCAUCACUUGAUUUGGAGUCCCAAGCAUCAACCAAAUGUGUAAUCCCCCAACCUUCCCUUCACCAACCCUCCACCCUCCACCCAACACAUCAAAACACACUCAGUGCACACACACAUUACAAACCUAUAGCUACCUUAUCACACCACAAGGAUGCAUGAAAGAGCUUAAAGAUUGUAUGCAUGCAUGCUAAUCAGCCAUGCCCAAGCCAAGACCUUUCAUUCUCCUCCUGAUCGCCACCACCGCCUGCGUCGCCAAUGCCGUCGCCGGCGAGGUCCCACUGCCGCAGGAGCCUGCGCAGCAGGAAGCUCCGCCCGCCUCGUUCCCCGGCGAGUGGCAGCUCCUCCACGCGAGCAUCGGCGUGUCGGCGAUGCACAUGCAGGUCCUCCCCGGCGACUUCGUCCUCAUGUUCGACCGCACCGACACGGGGCUCUCCAACAUCUCCCUCGCCGCGAUGGCGCCGUGCGCCGCCACCGCCGACGGCGGCGCCGACUGCACGGCGCACUCGGUGCUCCUCGACCUCCGCUCCAACGUGCUCCACCCGUACCCGCUCGCCACCAACCCGUGGUGCUCGUCGGGGGCGCUGCUCCCCAACGGCACGCUGCUCCAGACCGGCGGCUUCUCUAACGGCGACCGCGUCGCGCGGCUCUUCUCCCCGGCGACCGGCUGGGUCGAGCUGCCCUCCUUCCUCGCCGCGCGCCGCUGGUACGCCACCGACAUGAUCCUCCCCGACGGCCGCGUGAUCGUCCUCGGCGGCCGGAGGCAGUUCAACUUCGAGUUCUUCCCGCGCGACGGCGCCGCGCCGGCGCUCACGUUCUUCCCGUUCCUCGACGAGACCACGGAGCUCGACGCCGAGGACAACCUGUACCCGUUCCUCCACCUCCUCCCCGACGGCACGGUCUUCGUCUUCGCCAACGACCGCGCCGUCGUCUUCGACCCCUACAACCGCGCGCCGCUCCGCCGCCUCCCCGCCGUCCCGGGCGGCGUGCCGAGGAACUACCCGUCGUCGGGGUCCUCCGUCCUCCUCCCGCUCCGCCCCGACGCACCCGAGCACGCCGAGGUGCUGGUCUGCGGCGGCGCGCCGCGCGGCGCGUACCACCUCGCGCUCCGCAACGCCACGUUCGUGCCCGCCGACCGGACCUGCGCCCGCAUCGCGCCCACGGACCGGGACCCCGCGUGGGCGAUCGAGGAGAUGCCGCUGGCCAGGGUCAUGGGCGACAUGGUGCUGCUCCCCACCGGCGACGUGCUGAUCGUGAACGGCGCGGCGGCCGGCACCGCCGGGUGGGAGCUGGGGCGGGGGCCCGUCACGCGGCCGGUGCUGUACAGGCCGGACGCGCAGCUCGGCGCGCGGUUCGAGGCGCUGGCGGCGUCGGCGAUCCCGCGGAUGUACCACUCGUCGGCGGCGCUGGACACGUACGGCCGGGUGCUCGUCGGCGGCAGCAACCCGCACGUCGGGUACGUGUUCGCGAACGCGACGUACCCGACGGAGCUGAGCCUGGAGGCGUUCCUGCCGCCCUACAUGGACGCGCGGCUGGACGGCGCGCGGCCGCGGGUGCUGGCGGCGCCGGGGGAGGUCGGGUACGGCGAGGCGACGGCCGUGCGGUUCGAGGUGCCGGCGCCCUCCGGCGCGGCGGCGGCGGCCCCGGGGGAGGUGCGGGUGGCCGCGGUGGCGCCGGCGUUCGCGACGCACUCGUUCGGGAUGAACCAGCGGGCGGUGGAGCUCGCCGUGGGGAGGGUGGCGCAGCUGGACGUCGGGGUGUACGAGGCCGAGGUCGCCGCGCCGCCGACGCCCGGGCUGGCGCCGCCGGGGUACUACAUGUGGUUCGUGGUGCACGCCGGCGUGCCCAGCAGCGCCGCCUGGGUGCGCAUGCGGCCGCUCGGGCCGGCGACAUGAUGAUGAUCAGGCUAAAGUCCCAACAUUUUGCGCGCGUGUUGAGUAGGACAGAUUCAGCUACACAUAAAGAUUGGCAAUGAAGAAUCUUGCACACAGUAGACUGAAUUUCCCCCAUUGCUUGACCAGGCGGUUUAGUUUUUUUUUUGUCACUCGUUUUCUGAUCAUCUGAUCUAUUAAACUUUAAUUUCAGUCUCUAACCUAGAUAGAUUGUAACAAUUCCCCAUCUUUUCUAUCAAUAUAUAUCUGAC